AUGGCACACACUAUCCAGUGUUCUGCUAUUCGAUUCGACGAGGAUCUUGAUGAUCGUGUUGAACGUGCUGAUAGCGAUGAUAUUGAUGAUCGUAUUGAACGUGAUGACAGCAAUGAUAAUGCCCGCCGAGAUCUUGGUGGAAUCGUCGAAUGCACCGAACAAUGUACCAAAUGGCAAAUGUGUCGAGUAAAAUGUCUGUUUAGUUUCUUCUGCAAAUGUAAUCAACCAUCGGGAUGUGAUUGUAGUAAAUUCAUAUGGGAACAUUAG